CUAGUAUCGCAGGUUUCAGACGGAUGCUGUUAUAGAUUUGAUAUGAUUAAGUAUUUUUGUGCACCACUCGGCGAAGCCAGAAAAGGAGAGCUUGCACAAAUGGCCCAGCCAUUGCCAUUUCAAUGGAUUCAACUGAUCAGCGUCCUGUUUCCAAGUGAAUGUUUGCAUCCGACAAAGGUUGGAAGGAUCAUUGGCCGGCCUUCCUUCCAGUUGUUUAUGCAUUUACCCGCCCCUGGAAAAUGAAGCUCUACAGCCGUUGAUCUCGAAGCGGCCUCAAUUUGCUUGGCUUGCCGAGGUCAUGGCGGAGACAGUGCGGGGGGCAAGGCCUUUGAAGGCAAAUUGCUUCCGGUGCUUUGUACUGGCCUUGGCUGCUCUUGCCGCCUACUGGGCGCCAAAGGUUUGGGUGAGUGGAUCAUUGCACCAAGAGCGCAGGCCAGAACUGGUCACCUGCCGGACUCAGUCCCGGCGGGUGCAGCUUCCGAAUGUCCAGAACAUUGAGGCCCGAAGACAAACCAAGGAGCACAAGUUUGAUGAGGACGGUGGCAUGUACGACAUCAUCAAGUACCCUCUUCUGACCGAGAAGGCGUGCCGCCUUUUGGAGAACUACAACAUCUACACAUUCUUGGUAGACCGCAGGGCCAACAAGCCCCAGAUCCGAGCGGCAAUUGAGACCAUUUUCGAUGUUAAGGUAGUGAAGUGCAACACGCUCAUACCCAACUCGCGCUACACGUUGGCGUUCGGUCAGAAGAUUGGCAGAAAAUCGCUCUUCAAGAAAGCUUACGUUCAGUUGGAGGAAGGGGAUUCCAUUGACCUCUUCCCAGAUGAUCCUGAAGCUAUUUGAUUUGAAUUAAGACAACCCAUGCAAUGUUACAAAACAG